AUGGACGAAACGGAUAUCAUGGACUUAACGCAUCAGAAGGCGAGGAAGCGCGCGCGUCCAAUCAGUUCCGCGGAUGAGGUAGCGCACGCCACGCUCAAGCGGCUCCCGGUGAGAGCGGCCGAAAGCAGGGACAUGUACCCGGGCAUUAGGGGAGAGCCGAUGCCCGCCGCCUCACUCAAGCAGAAUGACCACUCGCACAACUCCUCGCCCAACACAGUGAUGCCUGUGCAGGAUAAUCGCUCCAGUAUGUCACGGCCCAUGAUCACGCGGUCACCAGUGUCCCCUCUGAGUAACCAGGGCAUCCCCACCCCGGCACAGCUCACCAAAUCCAAUGCCCCGGUGCACAUCGAUGUGGGCGGGCACAUGUACACCAGCAGCCUGGCCACCUUGACCAAGUUCCCCGAAUCCAGAAUCGGCCGCCUCUUUGAUGGCACAGAGCCCAUAGUUCUGGACAGCCUGAAGCAGCACUACUUCAUUGACAGGGAUGGACACAUGUUCCGCUACAUCCUCAACUUCCUCAGGACGUCCAAGCUGCUCAUCCCCGAUGACUUCAAAGACUACAGCCUUCUUUUCGAGGAGGCCCGGUACUUCCAGCUUCACCCCUUGCUGUCGGAGCUGGAGCGCUGGCGUCAGGACCAGGAGCUGAGCCGGGUUUCGCGUCCGUGCGAGUGCGUGGUGGUGCGCGUGGCCCCAGACCUGGGCGAGCGCAUCACCCUGAGCGGAGACAAGGCCCUCAUCGAGGACGUGUUCCCCGAGAUCGGAGACGUCAUGUGCAACUCCGUCAACGCCGGCUGGAACCACGACUCCACGCACGUUAUCCGCUUCCCCCUCAACGGCUACUGCCACCUCAACUCUGUCCAGGUGCUGGAGCGCCUUCAGCAGCGUGGCUUUGAGAUCGCAGGUUCUUGUGGCGGCGGCGUGGACUCCUCCCAGUUCAGCGAGUACGUGCUGAGGAGGGAACUGCGGAGGACGAGUCAUCGAGGAGUGCUCAAUUCAAACAGGAUAAAGCAGGAGCAGCUGGACUAG